AAAAAUUUAUAAAUUUUUUACUUCCGAAAACACAACCCCUAAACACAAACAUGGUUUUUUAAUCCAAAAAAAGAACAAACAUGACGGUCCAAUUUUUUCCCACGGAUCGGAGAGGAGCCUCUCCCAAAGCAAAAUCUUACGAGAAUCUCUCAACGAGGUGCAAAAUGAUAAUCCCAAAUGGUCAUUAUACUGUCAGAGAUUUUUUCCUUGUUCCUCAUCGUCAUCGUCCUCCUCCUUUCAUUUUCUACCGUCCAUUAAAUGCAAGUACAGAGCAGAGCACUGUUGCUGCAUAUCCCAAUUUCUUUACCCCUUUCCAAUGGAUUAGCAAAUUCCCUUUCUUCUCCCCAUUCCAGUUUCCAGAGGAUGAUCACUGUGUCUUAUGGUUCAAAGUUCCUCCUUUUUGCAAAUUUAAGACGUUAAAAGGAUCACAAAUUCAACACUGUUUGUUUCUACCUGUGGGGUUCAAAUAUUUUCUCUCCCUUUUUUGAACUUUGAGAGCUACCAUUCUCUUUCCUCCUACACCUACACUCUCUCAUCCUGUCAUCCACCAUUUCCUCUCUCCUCUCUCUCUCUCUCCGAGUAUCACAGUGAGCACCAACAUUCUCCCCCUCACAUUGAUAGAGGUUGUUUUGGACAUUCUUCAACAACCCUUCUAAACUUCCACUCACUCUUUCUGGUUGGACUGCGAGGGGUAUCCAUCAAACAACAGCCUUCUCUCUCUCUCUCUCUCUCUUUCUCUCAAUGGCAAAACAGUCCCCACAACCGACACUGCAUUCCUCCCUCCCCCCUCUCUAGUUCCAGAGAGAGAGAGAGAGAGAGAGAGAGAGAGAGAGCUCAAAAUAAAAAGCAAAAAAUGGCAUCCAUUUCCUUCACCCUCUUAACCAUACUCCUCAUAUCAACACCAAUCAUCUCCUCCGCCGCCAAACCCCACCGCCGGAUCCUACACCAGCCUUUUUUCCCCCAAAUCACCCAACCGCCACUCCAAGCUCCUCAAUCCCAACCCGAACAGCAAAAACACCAGCUACCCAAGUACCCUUUCUCCUCCUCCUCCCCACCCAACACUCCGAAAAACCCAUUCUUCCCUUUCUACCCUUCUCCACCACCGCCAAAACCUCCAUCCACCGCCCAAGCCACAUUCCCUGCCAACAUCUCCUCCCUCAUCCUCCCCCAAACCUCUCACCCCUCCAAACCCAUUUCCAAGAAGCUCGUCGCCGUCGCUGUCUCCCUCUCCCUCCUCUCCGCCGCCCUCGUCACCGCCGUCGCCGCCUUCCUCCUCCACCACCGCCGCCACGGAAGCUUCACCUCCUCCAUCUACGACAGCAAAAGCGACAAAACCCCGAAAGCAGACAGCAUCCGUUUGUUCCCCCCCAACACCACCGCCUCCGACAGCGACGGCGGGGGCGGUCACAAGCCUCCACGGCCGCCGUCGCGUAGCGCCUCUGCGGCCAGCUCGUCGGAGUUUCUUUACCUCGGUACCCUCAAUGGAAUAAACGAAGAUAUCACCCACAAAAAAUACCCUUCAGAUUCAAUCAAUGCAACCACUAAUUCUUCCAUGCUGCCGGCUUAUCAGAAGCUGGGUUCGCCGGAGCUCCGCCCUCUCCCGCCGCUUCCCCGCCUGCAGAUUUUCCGGCGGAGUGUUUCCAAUGAAGAAAAUCAAGAAAAUGAAGAAGAGGAGUUUUUCUCGCCCAGAUCUUCUUCCGGGAGAAAGGAGAGUCCCAAUAGAGUACUGUUUUUGUCAGUGGAAUCUGAAGAGAAUAAUUCAAGAAGUGCUUCAAAUAUUUCACACCCAUCUUCAAAUUCUGCUUCACCAUCAAAUAACUCCAUGUCCAGCAGUCCUUUUAUACCCCUCAAUUUAAUAAGCCCCACAAGACCUAAACCGAAGGCCGUCGAUUUUUUCCCAGCUCCGUCACGUCCGCCACCACCAAUACCAAAUCAGCAGGCAUUUUCGGAAAAUACCCAGAAUACCCCUGCAAGUGAUUCCGGUGAAGAUUCGGAAAGUACCCAGAAUACCCCUGUGAUAAGAGAUUAUUCCAAUGUGGUUAGAACGGUUCAGGGAAAGCUGCCACCGACACCGCCGCCGUUGCCUCCGCCGGGGUUUUGGGAGGCUCGAGAUGGGCCGCCGGUUCUGGUGACGCCCUCGAGGCCGGUUGCGUUUCGGAAUUUGGAAAUGGGUGAAGGAGGAGGGAGUGAUUUGGCUGGGAGUGUGGAGAGGAGUGAGGAAACUGUGAAGCCCAAGUUGAAGGCAUUGCAUUGGGACAAGGUUAGGGCGAGCUCGGACAGGGCUAUGGUGUGGGACCACCUGAAAUCUAGCUCGUUCCAGUUAGAUGAGGAGAUGAUUGAGACGUUGUUCAUGGUAAAUUCUUCGAGUUUGACUCCCAAAGAUAACUCUCGGUCAACGAUGCUGAAUCAAGAGAAUCGGGUUCUUGAUCCAAAGAAGUCUCAGAACAUUGCAAUUUUGUUGAGAGCACUUAAUGUGACAAUAGAUGAAGUUUGUGAAGCCCUUUUGGAAGGUAACGCUGAUACACUGGGGACAGAACUUCUUGAAAGUUUAUUAAAGAUGGCUCCAACCAAGGAGGAAGAAUGUAAUCUGAAAGAGUUCAAAGAUGAAUCACCUGUUAAGCUGGGCCCUGCUGAAAAAUUUCUCAAGGCUGUGCUUGAUAUACCAUUUGCAUUUCAGAGAGUGGAUGCCAUGCUUUAUAUUGUCAAUUUCGACUCAGAGGUCGAGUAUCUUAAAAGGUCUUUUGAAACACUGGAGGCUGCUUGUGAAGAACUGAGGAAAAGCAGAAUGUUCCUAAAGCUUCUAGAAGCUGUUUUGAAAACUGGGAACCGUAUGAAUGUCGGAACUACACGUGGUGAUGCCCAUGCCUUCAAGCUAGACACACUCCUAAAGCUUGUGGACAUUAAGGGCACCGACCGGAAGACAACUCUCUUGCAUUUUGUUGUUCAAGAAAUCAGCAGAGCUGAAGGUUCUCAUAUUUCUGGAGUCAAUGAAGUUACUCCUUCUGAUGAAAAUCCGCAAUCCGAUUUUCCCAAUGACAUUGAAUUUCGAAAAAUUGGACUCCAAGUUGUUUCGAGCUUGGGCGGAGAACUCACCAACGUGAAGAAAGCUGCUGCCAUGGAUUCAGACGUUCUUAGUACUGAAGUUACAAAACUAGCCCUAGGAAGCAGUAAGAUUAAGGAAGUAUUGAAAUUAGUUGAGGAGGGUGUAUUGAAGGAGAGUAGUACACGGAACUUUGUGGGUUCGAUGAACGAGUUCUUGAAAAAGGCCAAGUCGGAGAUUGUGAAGGUACAAGCUCAAGAGAGUGCUGCUCUCUCUCUGGUGAAGGAAUUAACAGAGUAUUUCCAUGGAAAUUCUGCCAAGGAAGAAGCUCACCCUUUCCGUAUAUUCAUGGUGGUUAGGGACUUUCUUUCCAUCCUGGAUCAGGUAUGCAAAGAUGUUGGAAAGAUAAACGAGAGAAGCACAGUUAGUUCCGCACGUCCGUUUCCUCAGCCGGUAAGUUCAAGCCUUCCGCCGGUUUUCCCUGGAUUCAUACAAAGGCGGCACAAUGGUUCCUCUGAUGAUGAAAGCUGAUCUUCACCUUAAAAUGUCGAAUAGAAGUCGGUUUUGUGUUCUCUUGCUCAAUGGAAGACAGUAUGGACCCAGAAAUUUCAGAAAACAAUAUCAGAAUGUUGCGCUUGCAUCACUGCAUUCGUUCUAAGUGGGAGCUCACAUUACGGGAUAAAGAAUGCAGUUUUACUAGCGUAUUCUGGAUAUUUUUCUGUACAAUGUUUUUGGGUCCAUUGCAUGAUUGGACCGCCAUACCUAUCAGAAAUUAGUGAUGAAAGUGGACAAGGUCUGGGGGGUAAAUCUUUUUGCAGGCCUUUAGUUUCUGUGUAUAAGAUUUGGAAUAGUUUCACCCUCUCUAUGUAAUAUACAGGUAGCAAAUUGACAUUGUGAAAUAAUGCGGUAGGGUUGGUGGAAUCUUUUUAGUUAUGCUAUAUUGUAAAUCUAUGGUAAACGUGAUUUUGCAA